AUGUCUCCUUGCUUCAUCCUCAGUUCCGUUCUCUUACUCUGUCUCUUCUUUUCUCCUUCAUCAUUCUCUGCUUCUCCACCGAAUUCCACAGCCGAAACUGUGACUCUCCGGCCUCAAAAAGAGAUUCAUAAGCUGAAACUCAUCAGAAAACAACUCCAAAAGCUCAAUAAACCAGCAAUCAUGACCAUUCAGGCAAAUCCAAACUCUUUAUCUUCCUCUAGCUCAGAUGGAGAUAAAAUAGACUGUGUACCCUCUAAUCACCAGCCUGCUUUUGAUCAUCCCUUGUUACAAGGACAAAGACCAAUGGAUCCACCGGAGAUGCCUAAAGGGUAUAACCAAGAAAACGAAUCCCAUGAAAAUAUUCAGCUUUGGAGCUUAACCGGUGAGUUUUGCCCGGAAGGUACAAUUCCGAUCAGAAGAACGACGGAGCAAGACAUGCUAAGAGCAAGUUCUGUCCGUAGGUUUGGUCGGAAAAUAAGGCGCGUGAGAAGAGAUUCGAGCAGUAACGGCCACGAGCAUGCAGUUGGAUACGUAUCGGGAAGUCAAUAUUACGGAGCAAAAGCAAGUAUAAACGUAUGGACGCCACGUGUCAACAGCCAAUACGAGUUUAGUUUAUCUCAGAUUUGGGUCAUCGCCGGUUCUUUCGCCGACGAUCUUAAUACCAUCGAAGCUGGUUGGCAGAUUAGCCCGGAGCUUUACGGAGAUACUUACCCAAGAUUUUUCACCUAUUGGACGUCGGAUGCCUACCAGACAACCGGAUGCUACAACCUAUUGUGUUCUGGUUUUGUUCAAACAAACAAUCGAAUCGCGAUAGGAGCUGCGAUUUCUCCCGUUUCUUCGUAUAAAGGCGGACAAUUUGAUAUAAGUUUAUUGAUUUGGAAGGACCCAAAGCAUGGACACUGGUGGCUUCAAUUCGGGUCGGGAACACUAGUCGGGUACUGGCCCGUUUCUUUGUUCACGCACCUGAGGGAGCAUGGGAACAUGGUUCAGUUCGGUGGCGAGAUCGUGAACACAAGACCAGGUGGUUCACAUACUUUGACCCAAAUGGGCAGUGGCCAUUUUGCCGGUGAAGGUUUUGGAAAAGCAUCUUAUUUUAGGAAUCUUCAGAUGGUAGAUUGGGACAAUACUCUUAUUCCAAUAUCUAAUCUUAGAGUUCUUGCGGAUCAUCCCAAUUGUUAUGACAUAAGAGGAGGAGUAAACCGGGUUUGGGGUAACUAUUUUUAUUACGGAGGACCGGGUAAAAACGCGAAAUGUCCAUAG